AUGUCUACUCACCGUACAGACGAUAGCGAGGAAGAAUUCGAAAGUGCCGAUGAAGGCGACAACAAUGACUGGGUGGAUUCAAAACAUAGUGAAAACGGGAAGAAAAUUAAUGUUAACAUCGACAAUACAGUCAAUGAGAACAAAACAACUAUUGGCCAAAUUACUAAUGAUCUGAGAUCUCUUGAAAUUCAUACUGACAAUACAAAACAAGAACCUCUAACAGAUAUUGAAGAAAAAGAUAUAGUAUCAAGUGGCAUGGAAGACUGGUCCAUUUGGCCAACAUCCGAUACAAUACCUGAAGUAAAUAAACAAACUGAUGAUCAUCUAGUCCACGCGUCAGUAGAAAGCAUCAAGACUCAUCUUCAGCAUCAAGACUCAUCUUCUUCGACAUCUUUAUCCUCAACAGCAGAUAAAAAACAGUCAUCAGCACAUUCAGAUAACGACAGUUCAUCAUUUGAAGAAAAAAAUGAUAAUCGAUAUUCUCAACAGCGAAAGAAAUAUCGGAAAAAUAGGUGUGAUUCAAACAAUGACGAUGGUGAAUCAAAGAAAGUUAUAACACGUCCUUCUCGUGAAACAACGACAAACGAGGAGAAGACCACUAUAAACGUUGAAAAACAACAGCAACAACAUAAUGCUCAAGAAGCUCGCCGUCUUUUCGAUAACUUGUCAGAACAAUCACCAACAAGCACGGUAAGUAACUUUUUAUUAUCAUUUUGGUGCAGAAGUUUUACUGCUGUCAUUGAGUCUGUUGAAAGUAGCUUGGGGGCGCCUGAUCCACAACAGUUGGCAGAAAUGAACCGAAUGGCGUUCAAAAUUAAAGGCGAAGCAUCCGAUAGUGAAACAGAAGGUACGUUUCUCAAUUCGGGUUCCACAUUACUUUAUAUGGACUUUGUACCUUUAGAAUCAGAUGCACAACAACAACAACAACAACAACAACAACAGCAACAGCAGAAUGAUCUAAUCGUAAAUCAAGGUGGUUGGCUAAGUUCUUUAAGCAUCGACAAAAUCACAACAACUGUGCGUGUUAUAAAGAUCAUACUGAUACAUUUUACAUUGUUUUUUGUGUUACAGGGUAUGCAGAUUGUUUCGGGAAGUUUAGAUGUGCUGGAAACUGUUGGAAAGAAAACAUUUGAAGUAAUCAAUGAAGCUGAUCCAGAAUUAAAAGGGACAAGACGUUUGUUAGCGGGAAGACAAGAUUCCGUAACACUAUCUGAAAUAAUUCGUGAAGCACAGCAACAUGAUACUAGUGAUAAUUCGUCAAAAUCUAAGAAUGAUAGUGUAACGUUUAUUCAUCUAUUUGAAAAAAAUCAAGGUUUGGCACAUUUGGAAGCCUUAGAAAUAUUAUCAUCUCAAGCAGCAAGUAAAAUAGAAACACUUGAUUAUCGUAAUAGAGAAUUGCUAGAAAAAAUAGCCGUCUUCUUCGAUAUGGAAAACGAUAAAAUCGACGAUAACUCUAACGGUGAUACAAUGAACACUAUUGAGAAUCAAAUUCCCACUAUAGAUGAUUUAUCAGUCAAAUUUACAACAUAUCAAACACAGCUACGUUCAACAGUAUCCGUAGAUAAAGUGCUGGAAGUUUAUCAGUCAGCAAAUGAAUUUAUAAGCGAAUGGGAUUGGAUGGAUACGACGCUGGAUCAGAAAACAUUACACGACGAAGCAAUAGAUUGUUUAGCAAUAUUAUGUUCUCGUAUCGUUGAAUAUUAUCGUAAAUCGGCUGAAUUAUUUUUAAUAGGUUGUAAAAGUUUAACAUCAUUUUCUGUUGAUAUUGAACUAUUAAAACUGUAUCAGAAACAACAAUCUGACUUUGCAAAUAUGUUAUCAGGAAUUCCCACAUUAUUUGCUAAACAUAUGAAACGUCUUCAAAAUAUACCAUCAAAUUCAACAAAAAAUAGUGAAGCACCAGUACGCUGUGAUGUCCAAUACAAACAUCAACUAAUCACAGAUUUAUUUAUACAAUCCGCAAGUUCAGUGACUUAUGCACAGGAUUCAUAUUGUCUAUUGAAACCAGUUGUUCAACAAUCGAUUAUUUAUCAUAUGAGUACAACGACAAUAUUAACUGGCCGUUAG